UAAGAUAAAUUAUAUUAAUAUAAAUCCGUGGUUACUUUGAAGGAAUUAGUUUGUGAAAAAUGGUCUCGAUCGCGAAGUGUGUUGUCCUCCUGUGCGCUGCUGUUGCAGCGUCAGGGUUCGAGCUGGGAGAGUUGGAUGUCAUAUUCCAUCUCUUCACCAGGACGAACCCGACCGUGAGCCAGCCCCUGGUGCCGUCCGUGAACUCCAUCAUGGCGUCCCUGUUCUCCCCUGCCCGCCGCACCGUCAUCACCAUCCACAGUCACGCUGACGCUGUCACUGGAAACUUCAAUGCCUUCGUCGUUAAUGCUCACCUCAAUGCCGAAGACGUAAACGUCCUGGCUAUUGACUGGAGCCCCGGCGCUGGCAUGUACUCCCAGGGUCUGGGUAACGCAGUCCAGUGCGGCGAGCGUAUCGCUCAGUUCAUCAACCUUCUGUCUUCCACCUUCGGCUACGGUCCUAACAACUACCGCCUCGUUGGAGUCGGUCUUGGUGGACACAUUGCCGGUAUUGCUGGCGACCGCACCGUUGGAGAAGUCCCUCACAUUAUUGCGAUCGAUCCUUCCUUAGUCGGCUGGACUCACCACCCCGACAUCCUGAAGCCCAGCAAUGCUGGAUUAGUCGAAGUCCUCCACGCCACUGCCGGUCUCCUUGGCUACGACCUUCCUUUGGGAGACCUUGACUUCUACCCCAACGGUGGUACCUUCCAGAACAGUUGUGCUGGUGACGUGACCUGCUCCCACAUCUUGGGUUACGCGUUCUACGCUGAGUCGGUCACUGCUGAAGGAGGCAGCAGGUUCGUCGGAACAGCCUGUGAGAGCUACGAGCAAGCCAUCUCUAACUCCUGCAGCGGAGAAAAAGACGCAGUCUUCGGUGGUCUUGCCGACAAGAGCGGCCAAACCGGUAUCUACCACUUCUCCACGAACUUCUCGCCGCCAUUCGCUCAGGGCUAAAAACUUAUUGUUAAAUGGUGUUUUGAUCUAAAUAAAUAAGAUUUUGUUAUAA